AUGCCUGGUGUGGGACGGGGACUAUACGUUCGCCCGGGUCUUUCUAGUUCUGAUUUUCUCACUGAAUUAUGCCAAAUUGAUUCAUUAGAGGGUCUUGAUGUCUCAGUAAACUCUUUAUCUUCAAUCCCAGAUGUGUUUAUAUCAGAUUGUGGAAAACUUAAUGGAUUAAAGAAGUUGAAUUUUAGUCUGAACAAACUAUCUGGAGGUUUGCCUAAUCUUACUGGGUUUUCUAGUUUGGAAAUUUUGCAGCUUUCAGAGAAUCAAUUUGAGGGUCCUAUUCCUGAUGAGCUCUUCAGUCAUCAAAAACUAACUGUGAUUGAUCUUAGUAAUAAUAGAAUGUCCGGGGUUCUCUCAAAUUCAAUUGGAAAUCCCUCUAAACUGGAUACUCUACUCCUUUCUUAUAAUAACUUGAGUGGUGAAAUCCCCAAAAGCCUUUCCAAUAUCAAAACCCUAUCCCGUCUUGCUGCAAACCAUAAUAACUUUACCGGCAUGAUUCCUUCUGGAAUUUCUCAGUAUGUGCAGAGCUUGGAUCUCAGUUCCAAUAAUCUGGAGUUGGGAAACUGUGUGAAAUUAGCAUUAUUAGACCUGUCUCAGAAUAGAUUAUCUGGUCCAUUACCAAAGGAGUUCGGUAACCUUCGUCAGCUUCAGGUUCUGAACCUUCACUUCAACCAGGUGUCCGGGGAAAUUCCUAAUCAGAUAUCACAAAUGCAGUACUUGUCAGUGUUAAACAUAAGUCAGAAUUCUCUUGCUGGUUCAAUUCCAGCAUCGAUUUCAAACUUAACGGGACUCAUAAACGUCAAUCUACAAGAUAAUAAGCUCAAUGGUUCGGUACCAGAAUCGUUCAGUAACUUGGAGUUUCUAAUAGAACUCCAACUGGGAAAGAACUGUCUCAGUGGAAACAUUCCACCAAAUUUGCAGAUUGCACUUAAUCUUAGUAGCAACUGCUUUGAAGGAACAAUCCCUGAAACACUUGGAAAUCUCCCAUUCUUCAAGCCAUUCAUUGUAAUUGAUAUCUCUGGAAAUAAGGAUCUCACUAAUUCACCUAACAAUAACUCAACUACUGAUGAUACUUCUUUGAAUCCGAUAAAUUCAAUUACUGUGGUUAUUCUAACAGCAGUUAUAAGCGUUGUGCUCGGCGUUUCUAUAGCAAUUACGGUUGUUUUACUUGUCAACAAUACUUCCGGACGGAAAAAGAAAAUUUCAGUCAAUAGGGUUAUUCUUGUUCAAGUUAUAAGUGUUGUUCACGGUGUUGCUAUUACAAUUACGAUCAAUUUACUUGUCAUCUCAAAGUACUAUGGGUUUGACGAUGAAAACACAUCAAGCAUCAAAUGA